AUGGAUUCGGAAAGGAUGCGCGUGCUCGUCACGGGCGGAUCCGGAUUGGUCGGGAAGGCCAUCGAGCACGUGGUGAAACAAGAAGGCGGCUGUCUGGAGGGCGAACAGUGGACCUUCCUCUCCUCCAAACAGGCCAACCUUGUGUAAGUGAUGUCACAUGAGCCUUAAAUUCUCAGCAGAGCUGGUCUGAGGCUUGGUCGUUGCAGAGAAAAAUGUCCUACUCUAUAUACAAGAGAUGCCAUGGUCCCAUCUACAUGCCCGAGAAAUAUUAGCAUGUCUGUUCUACAUAACAUAUUUCUAUAGGAACGUUAUGUCAUACUGAUUUUAAUAUUUGUAAAUUCCUGUUAUGGCCCUUUUACAUCUGGGGUCGAUUUUGUGGUUCCAACAGGAACGAACUAGAUAAAAGAAGUCCCAAAAAUAGGUUCACUCAUAGAAAAAUUAAUAUAUUCUAUUCUCUGCUAUUCUAUUAUUUUCUAUUCUAUAGAUAGAUGGAUUGAUGGAUAGAUAGAUAUAUAGAUAUAGUUUCUAGCUCCUGUUGGAACCACAUAAUUUUAUGAGAUUGAUGUGUUUGCCAUUAAAUGGGAUGAUGAUGAUGAUGAUGAAUGGUGAUGAAUAAUGACAGUUGUACAAUGUUCUGCCAGAGAUCUACAACAGACAAUAGCAGUUUUUAAGAAGUAUCGGCCCACCCAUGUCAUCCACCUGGCUGCCAAGGUGGGAGGACUCUACCUUCACAUGAAGGAGAACCUACACUUUCUGGUGAGCUUCAUUACCUAACUACCCAGUUUGUUUCAAUACCUAGGCUAUAUGUUUUUGUCAUAAAGUAGAUUUGUUAAAUCAUUUCUAACUCACCGGACCAUUUUUUUCCUCAAAGCUCCCACACUGGCUAAUUUUUUACCUGGAGGACCUGAUUGUUAACCAAAUAAUGAAAUAUUCUGUACAAAACCCCCAAUUUAGACAAGCCGAUGGGCUGAAGAUGGAACCAGCCCAUCUGGCAUUUUGCCUGAACUGUCCAAAGGCCAGUCCGUUUCUGUGUUCAAUUCUGUAGAGUAUUUUGUUCAGAUCAGUGUGUAUUUGUCCCAUAGCUUAGUAUAGUAUUGAGUGACACAUAACCAAUACAUCAAACAUACAUACUUUAUGACUAAAUAUUUGUGUGUACUGUAUUUGUUCUGUGUAAUUAUGUCAUAUACAGGGUGUUUGUUUUGUGUUGUUCAGUACGUUUUUUGUCAUUGCAUUGCCGUGAAAUGGUUUGUUUUAUCUAGCUACCGGUUGAGUGCACUGACUGUAAGUAGCCCUGGAAAAGAUAUUCUGCUAAUGACCUAAAUAUAAAUGUUUGACUGGCUGGGCAACUACUUAGGCUGAAAUUCAAUUGAGCUUGUCAAAGUGAAGUUUACACACAGUGACUUUGUUGACAUAGUACUGCUCACACCCACUUCUUAAUCUUUUUCGGAAAGGGUAUUAAUCCAUCUGUGAAGGGAGCUUACAGGAGAGCUUGUUAUCACAGUAUCCAAAUGCAUGCAUUGAAUUCAUUUGUGGGAAAAAAAGUUGUGUAAAGCCGCAAUGCAGGUUUGAUUGAAUUGAGACCACAGUUUUUUGCCUUCACAGAGGGACAACCUUCGCAUCAAUGACAACGUGCUGCAGACAUCUCACGAAAUGGGCGUCACCAAGGUGGUGUCCUGCCUGUCCAGCUGCAUCUUUCCUGACAAGACCACCUACCCUAUCGAUGAGAGCAUGGUGAGUUGAACAACCAAUAAGACCUUAUCGAUGAGAGCAUGGUGAGUUGAACAACCAAUAAGACCCCAUCAAUGAGAGCAUGUUGAGUUUAAUACUAAAAUAUUAUGGUUGCAUCAAAUGGCACCCUAUUCCCUAUAUAGUGCAUUAAUUUUGACCAGAGCCCUAAUGGCACUGGUCAAAAGUAGGAGGUCAACAGUAUAGGGUGCCAUUUGGGAAACAACCAGUGGGAUGACAGUAGAACUGUGUUUGGGAACCUCUGGCCCUCCAAACUGUGAUUUUUAAGAAAAGCUGGUGUAUGAUCACUCAUGCUUUCCUCCUUCCCACAGAUCCACAAUGGGCCUCCACACGACUCGAACUUUGGCUACUCACAUGCCAAAAGAAUGAUUGAUAUUCAGAACAGGUGA